AUGGAUGUGAGAUUUUCUCAAAUUUCUUCAGAUUUAUCCACCCUCAAUACAAGGUUAGACAAUGAAAAAGUUGUUGAAGACUCUAGGUAUGAAUCUCUCAUGGCUAUCCUUACAAAAAUCUCUCUUCAAAAGGAGCUACAACAAGCUAUGGGUGCUAGCUCCACUACUGUUCAUGGAACAGUAAAUCUGUCUGGUACUGUUCACGGAACAGUAAAUCCCGCCGUUACUGUUCAUGGAUCAGUCAAUUCAGCAGGUAUUAUACUCAACCCUAGCUCUAUUCCUAGGGUAUCAACACCUGUUUCUCACGUUAUUUCACCCUCUCACACACCAAUCAGACACUCAGCAACUUUUUCCACCACAAACCCUCAUCCUACACCAACAAGAAACCUUACAACACCCAUUCCAUCACAUUUUCCACCUUAUCCUCCCAUCCCAUCCAUUUUAUCCUCCAUCCAGCCCUUCAAUAUACCUUUGUCCCAACCUAUUCCCUUUCACCAAAUUCCCCAACCAAUUUCCUAUCCAAAUCUGUCCCAUAUUCCACCUUUACCACCCAUGAGAACCCCAAAACUUGAACUCCCUAUGUUUGAUGGUGCUGAACCCCUUGAUUGGCUAUUUCAAGCGGAUCAAUUCUUUAAUUUUUAUAAUAUGCCCCCCGAAAAUCGUAUGUCAUUGAUUUCAUUUUACAUGAAGGGUGAUGCCUUAUCUUGGUUUAAAUGGAUGCAUCAAAGUCAUUUAUUAUCAGAUUGGUUUUCAUUUACCAAAGCUUUGGAAUUACGUUUUGGUCCGUCAACUUUUGAUAACCAUCAAGCUGAGUUAUUUAAAUUAAAACAGGAUGGUUCAGUGGUUGAUUAUCAAACAAAAUUUGAGAAGUUAGGAAACCAAGUUGUUGGGUUACCACCGGAUGCAAUUUUAAAUUGUUUUAUUUCUGGUUUAUCAAGUGAUAUUCGCAAUGAAAUGGCCAUUCAUAAACCUACCAGCAUUUCUCAAGCAAUCGGGUUAGCAAAACUCAUUGAAUCUAAAUUGAAAGACUCUAAACCAAAAUUCAAUAAACCAUUUGCAAGUCAGUACCUUAAACCUACUGCCUCCCCAGCCGGCCCAAUCCCAAAACCUCAAACAAGCCCAACAUUUCUUCCAUCCAGAACAAUCCCAAAACUUCAAACAAACCCAACACCUUCUAAAUUUCCCAUCAAACGUCUUAGUCAGGCUCAACUACAAGAAAGAAGAGCCCAAGGGCUUUGCUUUAAUUGUGAUGAUAAAUUUGUAACCGGUCAUAAGUGUUCUACCAGCAGAUUUUUGUUAUUAAUGGCAGAAGAAGACCCUAUUGAUGAUCAACUUAAUGCUACUGAAUUUGCAGAAAUUGAAAGUGAACCAGAAUUGCAAGACACUUAUUUUCAGCUUUCUACUCAAGCAUUAACGGGUCAAUUUUCACCACAGACCCUAAAAUACAAAGGAUUCAUAAAGGGUUUUCCCGUUUCUGUCUUGAUUGAUACAGGAAGCACACAUAAUAUCAUGCAACCACGCAUAGCUCACCACCUAAAUCUCACGGCUACACCUAUUACUCAGUUUUUAGUUAUGGCUAAUUUCUCAAUCCCAUCUAUCACUUUUAACCAUAAUAACCAGCCUAUGACCCUAACAGGAGACCCUAAAUCACUCCCUACUUCAACCACCUUCCACCAAUUCCGCCAGCUUGUUCACACAGAUGCAAUUGCAUCCUUACACCUAAUGUUUCUCCAACCUAUGGAUUCUAACCCACCUCCCAACAACAUUACCAAUCUGCAAGUAGACAAUUCUUCCUCCGAACUUCCUGUUGAAAUUUCACACCUUUUACAGCGCUAUAACCCAAUUUUCCAGCAACCAAAAGGCCUUCCCCCAAACCUCCCCCAUGACCACCACAUUACUUUAAUCCCUCAUACACCCCCGGUUAACGUCAAACCAUAUAGAUACCCUCACUCACAAAAGGAUGCAAUGACUAAACUUAUCCAAGAGAUAGCACUCAAUGCUGUUACAGUCAAAGACAGAUUUCCCAUACCCACUAUAGACGAACUGCUAGAUGAACUUAAUAUUGCUACCAUUUUUUCCAAGUUAGAUUUACGCUCAGGCUAUCACCAGAUCCGCGUUGCAUCGGAAGAUACAUAUAAAACAGCUUUUCGCACUUUUGAUGGGCACUAUGAGUUUCUCCUUUCUAAGUGUGUGUUUGCAGCAGCGCAAAUAGAUUACUUAGGCCAUGUAAUUUCAGCAAGCAAUGUUGCACCUGAUCCAGAGAAGAUAAAAGCUAUAGUGGACUGGCCACAACCACGUUCGCUCACGACUCUCCGUGGUUUUUUAGGUCUCACCGGAUUCUAUAGACGAUUUGUUCGAAACUACGCCACUCUCGCCGCUCCUCUCACUGAUUUACUGCGUUCCACUAUAUUUUCAUGGAGUACUGAGGCACAGUUGGCCUUUACAACAUUAAAGCACAAGAUGACCGACAUGCCGGUUCUUGCCUUGCCAGAUUUUACACAGAUUUUUACAAUUGAAACAGACGCAUCUGGAGUUGCCAUUGGUGUUGUUCUCUCUCAAGCUGGCCAUCCUAUUGCUUUCUUCAGCAAGAAACUAUGUCCCAGAAUGCAACAAGCUUCCGCCUAUGUGAGGGAAAUGUACGCUAUUACAGAAUCAAUCAAGAAAUGGCGCCAGUACCUAGUAGGCCAACACUUUCACAUUUAUACAGACCAGAAGAGUUUAAAGAGUUUAAUACUUCAGAAGAUUCAGACACCAGAACAACAAAAGUGGACAUCAAAAUUACAAGGAUUUAAUUUUGAUGUAUUUUACAAACCUGGUCGUUCUAAUCUGGUUGCCGAUGCACUCAGCAGACAAUUUCCCUCUGAUGCUUCUUUACCUUUAAUAGUAUCUUCUCCAGUUCCAGACAUUCUACACAAGCUUCAACAAUUUUAUGCGACUACAAUAGAGGGACAACAUUUAAUGAGACAGAAUCAAGAUGCACUUCACACAACAGCAGGGUACAGAAUCAAAAGAGGCCUCUUAUACUACAAAGAUAAAUUGUUUGUACCUAACCUGUUUGGAUUUAGGGAUGGAAUCUUUCAUGAGUAUCACAGUACUUCGACUUCUAGUCACUCCGGAGUGAAAGCGACAGUUUCCCGAAUCUCCAAUUCUUUUGCUUGGCCUGGCCUGUAUGGGGAAGUCAAACAAUUUGUUAAACAUUGUUCUACAUGCCAGCAUAACAAAUAUAUCACUCAGAAAAAAGGAUUGUUACAACCUUUGCCGAUCCCUCAUCAGGUGUGGGAAGAUCUGACCAUGGAUUUUGUCAUACACUUGCCAAACUCUUUUGGCCACACGGUUAUUUGGGUUAUCUGUGACCGCCUCAGUAAGUUUGUUCAUUUUCUCGCACUACCAACCAAAUUCACUGCAAAGGAUCUAGCAUCUCGUUUUGCUGUUGAAAUUUUUCGCUUGCAUGGUACACCCAGAUCUAUCGUUUCUGACCGCGAUCCCCUGUUCCUCAGCACUUUCUGGAAAACAUUUUUUAAGGUUCAUGGAACUUCGUUAAACUACAGCACUGCAUACCAUCCAGAAACGGACAGACAGACGAAAGUAGUUAACAGAUCUUUAGAGAUGUAG